CAGCCAAAACGCGCUAAACGUCGACUUACAGCUGCCUGGCGACGCGCAAAAUUGUGCAUCGGUGCCUCUCGUAGUUGUGCUUGCACCUGCGCAAGUUGCUGUCGUCUCUGGCCAGCUGUCUGCGUUGCCCAGCAACUGUGCAGCUGCAAGAACUGAAAGAAACAGCACCAUGCUCCUAAAGGAAGCCCUUGCGUCGGUCUCAGCCGUGGUCCUCGCGAGCGGCUCGCCGCGGCGGAAGGAACUGUUAGGACUGGUCUUACCGGAAGAGUACGGCUUCGAAGUGCAGACGAGCGACUUCGCCGAGGACCUCCCGAAGGACACGGACGCCGCGGACUACGCGCUACGGACCGCGACGGCGAAGGGUGAAAGUGUAGUGAAAGCACGGAACGCGCCGGACGAGUUGGUGAUCAGCGCGGACACCGUCGUCGUGCGAAAAGAUAAGAUACUAGAAAAGCCGCGCGACGACGACCACGCGCGCGACAUGCUCUCGAAACUCUCGGGCAAGACGCACAAAGUGAUCACGGGCGUCGCGCUCUUCCACAAGGGUCGUAGUUGUGGCUUCCACGCUUGUACAAAAGUCACGUUCUCGAAGUUACCUGCCGCGGCCAUCGACGACUACGUCGCGACGGGCGACCCCCUGGACAAGGCCGGCGGUUAUGGGAUUCAGGGGCGGGCGGGGUGUUUCGUCGAGGGCAUCGACGGGUGCUACCACAACGUCGUCGGCCUGCCGGUCAACCGCCUCGCGCGCGAACUACAAAUGUUCCUGGCGGACCAGUGGUGA